AAAAGAAGGAGAAGAGGUUUGUGAUAUUUUAAAGCUCCUGAGUACUGGUGAAUAAAGUCAGUACUACAAACAUCUGAUGACGAAGGGACCAAUGGAGGGGGUUAAGCUACUGGGAAUGUGGAAUAGAGGAAAUACAGAGAAAGAGUCCUGCAUGGAUCAAGAAAUGGAAUCUCAGCCAUGCAAAAAACUAUCCCAUUCUAUUGAGGAAAUACUAUGGGGGCCCACAUGUGCCAGAAAGGAGAAGAAAGCACAUCGUAACUGGUCUGUUAUCAAGGAGAACACCAGGAUAUCUAAGCAGAUCUCAUGUGCAGAAACAACACAAAUCAGACUACUUGAAGAGUCUCCAAAAGCCACCACGGACAGCAUGAGUCAGAGGAAAAAGAGGCAAACGCGGGUCACUUUCACCCCGGUCCAGGUGCAGGAGCUGGAGAAAGCCUUCCAGCAGACUCACUACCCAGACGUGAACAGAAGAGAGCAGUUAGCCUCUCGCCUGCAACUCUCAGAGGGACGAAUACAGAUUUGGUUCCAGAACCGCAGAGCCAAACGGAGGAAAGCAGAAACUCUGAAGGACAUAGAACUGAUGAGCAGCCGGCCUGCAAGUCAUCCCCUGCUUUAUUUUGAGGCGCUACAGAAGCCCCCGCUGCAGGCAGUGUGCUGGCUGCCGUGCUGCCUCCCUGAACCUCUUCAGUCAGCGCUGUUCCCCAGAGCAGCUCCAACAGCCCCCUUGCUGACCAACACACAUUCCCCAGGUCACAGGACUCUGUAUUUUGACCCGCUGGGGACCAACAGAUAGCAGUACUCGAUGACAUUAUUGUGUUAAAGUGUUUUUAAAUGACGUGGUACAAAGAUCAUAAUGAGCUUUGAUACAUCAUUUGCUGGAUUUAUAACCCAAACUCUACUGUAAUCUGUAAAAUAUAAUAACUGUUUAUUGAUGAGCUUUAAUUGUCAUGUGUGUUGUAUAUACUGUGUUGACAACAUGAAAUGAACUUGUUUUUUUAUUUUUCUU